AUGGCGUCUUCACAGGACGCUUGGUAUCUGUCGUUGUUAGGAUUAGCAGAAAACUUUCGGACCUCGAAUCCACCUAAUAUUAAAUCGUGCAUACAAUGUUUGCAAGCGGUUUUUAAUUUUAAACCGCCUCCAAGAGUUGAAGCGCGUACUCAUCUUCAACUUGGUAACAUCCUUCUUACGCAUACCAAAAACAUCGAUUUGGCGCGAUCUCAUUUAGAACAAGCGUGGCGGUUAAGUCAGAAUAUAAACACUUUUGAUGAUGUCAAGUUUGAAGCUGCAAGUGUAGUUGCAGAACUGUAUGAACAACAACAGCAACCAAAUCUCAGUAAGCCAAUAUUAAGAAAAGCCAUAGAAUUAUCACAGCACAAUGUAUAUUGGCAUUGUAGACUUAUUUUUCAACUUGCACAAAUACAUGCAUCAGAAAAAGAUUUUGUGGCAGCUAGUAGUUUACUUGCAGUGGGUGUUGAUUAUUCUCAUAUCAGCAAUGCAAGUUAUACCCGUGUUCUAUUCUUAUUGAGCAGGUGUAUGCUUUUAUUGAUAGAUAAAAAGUUUACUGAAGUUCACCCCCUUUUAAAUUCAGCAGGACAUCAUGUUGAAAAUUGGCAGGGUAGUCCUCACCAAAAAGAAUAUCUAAAAGUAUAUUUUUUGGUACUUCAAGUGUGUCAUUACUUAAUGGCAGGUCAGGUGAAAAGUGUAAAGCCUUGUUUGAAACAGUUACAACAAAGUAUACAAACCAUAAUGUCUCCUAGUUGGCCAGCAGAUGAAGUAGUCACAGGUUCAAAUAUUGGAGACAUGUUUAUAUGGAUGCCAAAGGAUCAUUUGUAUGUUUUGGUUUAUUUAGUAACAGUUAUGCAUUCAAUGCAAGCUGGUUAUAUGGACAAAGCUCAAAAGUAUACAGACAAAGCAUUGACUCAAAUCGAAAAACUCAAAAUUGUUGACAACAAACCCAUUCUUUCUGUUUUUCAACUGAUGUUAUUAGAGCACAUAGUGAUGUGUCGACUCGUGAUGGGAAAUAAAAGUGUAGCUCUUGCAGAAAUUUCUCAAGCUUGUCAGCUUUGCAGAAGGCAGCCAAGGUUACUUCAAGGUCAUAGACCGCAACUGCACGCUUUGUUAGGGUUGUAUGCAAUGUCGAUGAAUUGUAUGGAAGCGGCGGAAGCACAAUUUACGGCUGCCCUACGAACAUCGCAGGAAAGGGAACUUUGGACUUUUGCGAAUUUAAAUUUGGCUAUAGUGUACCUUAGAACAAAAAGGGAAGCGGAAUUGGGCGCUUUGCUCGAACGGAUAAAUCCUGAGUCUUUACCAUCUCAUUCGCAUUCUUUAAGAGCAGCGGCAUAUUACGUCCAAGGACUUCAAGCAUUUUUUGGAGCUAGAUACAACGAAGCAAAGAGAUACCUUCGAGAAACGUUGAAAAUGGCCAAUUCUGAAGAUUUAAAUAGACUUACUUCGUGUAGCCUUGUUCUUUUAGGACAUAUAUUUCUUUCCUUAGGAAAUAGUAGAGAAUCUAUGAAUAUGGUUACACCCGCUAUGCAGUUAGCUUCUAAAAUACCUGAUGUUCAUGUACAGUUAUGGGCUACCGCUAUAUUGAAAGAUUUGUAUAGAAUUUGUGGAGAUCCAAAUCGUGAAAGCGAAGCGUAUCAAAUGCAUUGUACUUUCUCGCAAACGCUUUUGAAAGAUCAUUUCCAAAGUACACAAAUGGGCGAGCAUUCUCUCAUACAAUGGACUGAUGGGCCUGUGCCUGCAUUACCAAGUAAUCCACCACCAUCCACGUCACAAGCCAUUCUUUAAUAUCAGAAAUGUUUAUCUAUUGAAAAUGUGUAAAAUAUUUAGCGAAGCACAGAAGUACGUUAGGUUUGUACAAUUUCGUUAUUGGGUCAUAAAAUAAAUAACAUAAAGAUGUCAGGUAAUAGUCAAAAAGAAAAGCACAAAGUGUGCCGAACGAGGAAAUGAAAGAGUAAAUUAAUUUUGAUAAAAAUCAGAAAUAGUGAAUUCAAUUGUUUACUGUGGGUAUCGACCAAUAUCCAAAUCCGUCGUUUAUUAUUUGAAUAGUUUCAGGUAUUUAAGAAUCGAAUUCUUAUUUCCGAAGUUUCAUAAAGUUUAUAUAUAGGUUUGUACAAACAAUUAUAGUCAUUUUUUAUGUCCGAUAUAUAUGCAAAAACUGAACAUAUGUAUAAAAUAUUGAUAUAUUUUAUUAUUUUGUAAAUUGUAAAUUAUAAACGUCUUUUUUCCAUAAGGGUGUUUCUGCACAGAGGGAAAGAAUGGCAGUGCUAUCACUUUGAAUAUUGAAAUACUGUAUGUUGAACAAAAAUCGGGUGCAUCUUUCAACAUAAGUAUUACCACUGCACAAAGGCUAUUUUGAAGUUAACAAAACAUUUAAUUUAUGUUAUAGAAAUAAUAAAUUUUGAUAUUAUAAAAGUUAAGGAUAUGUUACUUGUAUUUAAAGAUACAUCGAAAUAUCAAGAUUUUAUUUUUUACAAAUAAGGGAAAUGAAUGUAUUUUCUAUUUAAUUUGCUCUUAUAUCUCAUUUACUAUUUAACAAGAAAUUUACGUGACAUCUCAAAUGUAUAAGAUAAUGUUAAUAUUAAUGUUACACGUCAUACGUCGACUUUAUUCAUAUGAUUUAUACAUCUUUUUAGGUUUACAUAGUACGUUGGUAAUUAGGCUUGAAACUGAGACUGAUAAAAUUUGAUAUGAUGUGGAUAGAAACUACUACACAUGUACGCACUUUAGAAACUAAUAAUUUAUACAUCAGAAAACAGAUUCAAAUGACGUUUAAAAAAGAUUUUGUGAACAAAUAUGAAUCAACGAGAUGUUGAAGCAAUUUUGUUAUCAAAGUAUUAAUAUUUCCAGCGUGCUAUGCUUUUCAAUGACCAAAGUAGACGUUUAAAAUUCGGGCUGUGGACACAACAGAAAUACAGUAUGUUCAUAAAAGUGUACCCUUGUAUAUGAGAAGAUAAACUGAUAGGUACAAUAGAUGACAGUAUGUUAAAAAAAAAAAUUAUCGUACCUAUCGUAUGCGUGGUGCGUAUCGGUUGAUGUGUUUUUAUUAAACAAUGUAUGUAUGUAAUGUAUAAUUAAAAUAAACACACUCGCAAGUAGUAUUAGAUAGAGCAAUAUACGAAAAUGAAAAAAAUAAAGGGGCCUUAAUAUGUGGUAAGCUAAUUAGCAAAGAUGUUUUGAUGUAACUCUUUGCUUUGUUUUUAAACUAAAAUAUUGUAAAUAUUUUAAAUAGUAAAAA